AUGCACAGGCAACUUUGGCAAGGCAUUGAUGUACCCACCUUACUUGUACCUACAGCCUUGAAAAAAGGUGAGGGAACUUCAGAGGAGCAAGGGUUUUUUGUCGAGAGUACGUUGCCCACAUCGCUUUUGCUCUCGGCAAUUUCUGCCCAAAUUACUCAAGGCAGAAGCGGGUCGCAAUUCCGAUUUGGAGCUUCAAGGGUUUUGUUUGAACUUUUGAGGAAACUGGUUCGAACAAGUUACAUGAAAGUCCAAUUCGAGUCACAGGGCAACAGCUUUAGCAUACCCAUUCCUACUAAUGGGUUGUUUCCGUCGGCAACUCUGCUUUCUAUGGUUGGAGUGGACGUCGUGCGCAAAACAAGACAAUUGUGGGAUGAAGCAGUCCAGGACCGUCAGAAGACUUGGAUAUUUGGUUCAUGGGGAGAUUUCAUUGACUGGUCAUCCUUUGUGGUCUUCACGCUUGAUGUGAAAAGUCCGAGACAGUUGAGACCCAUUGGCUACAAACUGAUAGCUCAAGAACACCUUUUAUCCAGCGCUUUCAAGAGAGUUGACAAGUUCAAGGACGCUGAUCAGGCUAAGAUUUCUUCGCAAUGUGCCUCUACACGCCACUCAAAAGCCAAGGCUGCCUACUUGCGAGUUGCUUUCGAUGGAACUUCUAUAGGGAAGGCUCCGUUGGAGGGCUACGCAUGGCACUGUCCUGAUGUGAACAUAUCCUGCUUCGCCCCGCCAUUAGACUGCAAAACACACUCCUGCUCAGACUCAGAGGUGUGUCGGGUUCCGGACCCCGACUUCGGGUGCAGUGGCUUACCUUGCACAGACAUGUCCCGUGCCGGAAAGCAGUUGAAACGUGAGUUGGACAUGGGGAUGGUCCAAGAGACGCACCCUUCCUACGAUCUGUAUCAAACGUUCUUCAGCACUUCAGAUACUGGUCAUGGAGGGGCGGCAAGGGACAGAACAUACGUGAUCGGAUCACAUGGUGAUCGCACCUCAUGCAAAGUUGAUCCAGAGGAGGUCAAGGACAUUAUCUCUAAGAGAAUGAAGGGAAAGGUCCGAACAGUGCCCUCUGACUACUUCAUGGCUCAGCUAGUAGAGGUUGAACUAGAAGCUCAGCAGCUAGCAUGCAAAAGGAAAGUGGAAUACAAGGAAGGCUGUCGAGACUUCCGGUACUUGCUCACAGAACGUGAAAAGCGGGCAUUACAAUCCUAUGAAUCCAGCUACCUCCGGGAAUUUGGGGAAGAGGCACACCUGAAUCCCAAUUUGGUAGUAUUCUUGGGAGAUAACGGUUCUACGUGGAAAACUUGGAGUGCUAAAAGCAACCAGAUCAGAACCAUGGCCAAGGCUAUGUGUUGUGGACAGAUCCCAAGCCAGGACAUACACAGAGGUGAAGACGACAUCGAAGAGUCCUCAGUGGAAGAGACAAGUGACAAUGCUGAAAAUGAAGAAGAUGAGGAUGAGCAGGAGGAUGAAGGUUCAGAUUCUGAUGAAAGCGAGACCGAGGCACCAGCUAAAGGACGAGGUGCAAAGGCGAAGGCGAAGGCAAAAGCAGGGAAAAAGCCAGUGAAGAAGAAUGUCAAGACAAAGGACUCCAAACCAAAGACUAAGGCUAAGAAGGCAAAGGGAAGCAGGGUGAGCAGAAAGGGUGACCAGCAACUCUUCCGUUACAGCUCUUGGCGAGCAGUCCCCGAGAGCCACAUCCGAGACUUUCUGAGCCAUGCAGAACCACGAGCAGCCAGCAGCAUUAAGACGGCAGAGCUGUCAGGUCGAGAUCUUCGCAGGGUUUUCUUUGGCUACUUCAGACUCCCACCGGGAAGGAAGCCAGAUAAGAAGAAGAAAGGCGAUAUCAAGAAGGACUUGGUCAAUGAAUAUGAAGCCCUGGGCAGGCCCGGCGCUGGCAAGUGUCUUCAGCAAGUGAUGCAAGACGUAGAGGAUGAGAUGAGCAAAAAUCUUGCAUUUAAGAUUGAAAAGUCAGGGAAGUGCAUUUGGCUGCACUGUGGAAAGAGGAAGGUCCAGUUGAAAGAGGGGUGGAAAUUGCAAAUCUUCAAAGAGCCAAGCGGGAUUCCGUUCCUCUCCACAGGAAAGGUAUCUAAGCGUUGUGUUCGUUUCUUUGAUGAUGAGAAAGAGGAGGAAGCUAGGACUAAGGAUGCUUCAGUGGAAGUGGCAGCAGUUCCUUUACCUGGUGCACCUACCCCUUCAACAGCGGCGCCUUCUGCCACGGAAGCUGAUCAAGGUGAGUCAGCCAAGUCUGAGAAGAAGCCGGUGUGUCACUGCAACUACUUUCGAGAGAAGUGCGAUGAUUGCGGAAAGGGUUGGAUGACGGAGAUAUCUGCUGGCAGUGACGGAACCGGUCCUGCAGUUCCAGAUUCACCGUCCCCAUCUUUGCCUGAUUCUGAUGCCGAUGAUGAAACCAAUAUCACCUCAGAAGUGAUGCAGGACUCAAUUGAUGGCCACAAAGUUUUGAAGUUGGAAAAGAAAGUGUUCCUACUUCGUCGUGGUGACGACAAUCCUGACGACAUUGAAGCUGCUCAGUUGGACUCAAGCUGCCCUGAUUGGAAAUUGACCAAGAACACCAAUGCAGGAAAGCACCAGAAUGAGUUGUUCAUCCAUUCCCCAUCCCAGAAAGCCAAGGCUUGCUGGGUUAACAAGAUGAAGUUUGAACCCCUGUCAGAAAGUGAUUUCAACGACAUCAAGGCCUUUUGCAAAGCUCGCAGGGAGGUAGAGAAAACGGAAGGGAAUGAGAAGAAAGCUGAGGAGCAGAAAAGACAGGACGAAGAUCACAAGAAAGCUGAGGAGGAGAAGACAAGACAGGAGGAAGAUCACAAGAAAGCUGAGGAGGAGAAGAAAAGACAGGAGGAAGAUCACAAGAAGGCCGAGGAGAAGAAAAGACAGGAGGAAGAAGAUCGCAAGAAGGCCGAGGAGAAGAAAAGACAGGAGGAAGAAGAUCGCAAGAAGGCCGAGGAGGAGAAGAAAAGACAGGACGAAGAUCACAAGAAAGCUAAGGAGGAGAAGAAAAGACAGGAGGAGGAUCUCCAAAAGAAGAUAGAAGAAGAGAAGCGCGCCCAGAUGGAGAAAGAGUUCAGGGCGAAGUACGAACAAGAAUUGCGAGCAAAGAUAGAAGGUGAGUAUGCAGAAAAGCUGGCCUCACUGCCCUCCAGGGCUGACACUGAGAAUGUGCCUGCAGCUAUGUCAACCGAAGGGAUGAAACCAAAGGAUGAGACAAAGAUUGAGGCAAAGGGCAAGGAGGCUGAGGAGCAUAUGAAGGCAGAUGAAAAGAAAGAUGCUGGAGAGAGCACACUGACGGACAAAUCGAACGAGAAGGUAGAGCCCAAAGAGAAGUCGCUUGAAGAACAGAAAAAGAGCCAGGAGGAUAUCAUCAACGCCAACAAGGAAGAAGCAAAGAAGCGAAAGCAGGCAAAGGAAGAUGAGCAGCGUGCCGGAAAGAAGGCAAAAAUUCCACCGUGA